AUGGUUGACAUGCAUCAAUAUUAUAGUCAGGCACUUAAAAUUGUUUUGGAGGCAGGUGAAUUGUUGUUAAAAGGUUUUAAAAGCCCAAAAGAAAUAUCAACCAAAAAAAAUGAUAAGGACUUUGUAACACAAUACGACAAACUUAUUGAAAAGAAAAUAAUUGACAACAUAUUACAACUGUAUCCAAAUCAUAAAUUCAUUGCAGAGGAAAGUGCUGCAAGUAAUAUUUUGACGGAAGAACCUACAUGGAUACUUGAUCCGAUUGAUGGAACAACUAAUUUUAUACAAGGAUUUCCAUUUUGUUGUAUUUCAUUAGCAUUGGUAGUAGAAAAAGAUAUAAUAAUUGGAAUAGUUUAUAAUCCAAUAAUAAAUCAAUUAUUUACUGCUAAAAAAGGGGAAGGUGCAUAUUUGUAUAAUGAAAAAAUACAAGUGUCAAGUACUGAAGAUCUUCAAAAUGCCAUGUUUGCACAUGAAAUUAAUGAUAAAAUUAGUAUAAGCCAUUUUCGUGGAUCAAGAUCAUUAGGAUCAGCAGCAAUGAGUUUAUGCUAUUUGGCAAUGGGAGCAGUAGAUAUAUUUAGUCCUAAAAGAUUGGGAUUAUUGAAAUGUUGGGAUGUAGCAGCAGGAAUUCUAAUUAUCCAAGAAGCUGGAGGCAUUGUACUCGAUUCAAAAGGAAGUCAAUACAACGACAUUAUGAAUGCUGAUAUAUUCGCUGCUUGUACAAAAAAACUAGCCGAAAAUUUUUUAAAAUUAAAAAAUGCCAAUAUUUAA